GACACAGCCCGAGUAAAGGACUUCCCAGUGUGAUUUUUUGUUACUCUGUUUCUUAGGAAACGGACUUGUAAAGCGCGCGAGGACUCGGAGGUAGUCACCGAACCACCAAGCAAGCAACCACACCAAAAAGAUGAAUUAAUUGCAUUUAAACCGCAGCUCCUCGCUCCUCGUUGCAAGCUAAUGCACGAGUAAGUGGAAACUUGCCGAAAUGACUGCUUACAAGUCACGUGGUUGUCCCAAUGCCCAGCAAACAGAGCUCAACCAAACAGAGUCCUGCUCUGAAGCAGCAGCUACUCUCUUCAGUGCCUGGACACCUAUAACAAAGAAACCUUCCAACCAGCAGGAAAGUGCACAGCUUUUUCAGGAGAGAACGACUCUAAUUCUUCACUGGUUUGACCUUUGGACGGAUGGGCAGAGGAAACACUUGCUUCAGCUGUUGUUAAGAAGAUGUUCCAAAUCCCAGCUCAAAUCCAUCAGUGACUACUUUAUUAAAGUUGCUCCCAUUACAAGACUGGACUUUACCACUGUGCUGCCUCGGGUACUCUCCUUGUACAUCCUGUCUUUCCUGAGCCCUAUGGACUUGUGUGCUGCAGCUCAGGUCUCCUGGUACUGGAGGUUCCUAUCAGAGCAGGAUUGCCUGUGGGCUCCAAAGUGUAUUCGCCAGGGUUGGUUCCUCACCUAUGGAACAUCCGACAAUGAAUAUGGUGCCUGGAAGAAACACUAUGUUGCCUGUGCUUGCAACCUGGAUUUUUUGUCCCCACGGGAAGCAGCGGACCUCUAUGGUACCCUGAACGAAACUUUGCCUGAAGCAGAAGAGGAGGAAGAGAAACGAACAGAAUGUCUAAUCAGGCGAACCAUCCGCGAGAAGAUAGUGGAGCAUAAAAAAGCUGAUUUGAAGAGCAGGAGGGCAUGGUUAACCAACUCAAAAGGAACAUAUGCAAGCAGUAUCAGACAGAAAUCCAGCCUGCUGCCUCUGAGUCGGUCUACCACUCUUGUCCAAAUAGGGGAUAAGUGCCGAUUAGAGAACUUGUUCAGCACGAAGCAGCAGAGACUUCAGCUAAAUUCAACCAUCGAGACAUCAUGUGCUACCAGCUCAAUGAAAACUUUAGCAAUGAGUUCACACUUAAAGUCAUUCAUCAGCUCCAUCAAUCAUCCUCCACCCCACCUGCUACUUCUGUCAUCCAGACUUCCUGCUUAUGAGAUGGUGCUAUGUGGAGCUCUGGUCAAUGUGGUGCCAUUGUUGUAUGACUACAGUGGAAUGACUUUAGAGGCUCUUCUCUGUCUAGUUGAGAAAGCUAUGAAGGGCAGAGUGAUGCAGAGUAUUGGCAUCAUAGCUGAGGGAAACACUGAAGAGAUUCAGCUUGUAGAAGGCAUGAGAAUCACAGAGAAGAGCAUCUUAAAUCCCGACGUGAGGGCGUUUUGGGAAAAGCUCUGUGGCUGGGUGGUACCUGCGUCAGAAGCAGGGUCUCUCAACAUUUUUGUGCCUCUGGCUGCUUCUGUUGCAGGAAUGGCACUAAUAAACAAAUUGUCCAUUCUGACUGGUUUGAGCGUCAGGGCACCCACAGGAAUCUGCACCGGCUCCUACCAGCACAUUCUGAGUGAGUGGUUAGGGAAUGGUGACUUCCCUCCACUGGUGUACUUGAAUGAAGGACCCUUGGUUUCAUGGUGCAGGCAGUCAGAAUGGAUAGAGCAGUCACUGCAGGUCCUAAGGAAACAACUAGAACCGCAACUGCGGCUCCUGAGUCAUGAGACGAGAGGCCGCACGCUUGGUCUGUUCCUUUGGGAUCACAUAAACUUGCCUUUUGUAAAGCUUAAAUCAGAAGUUAUGCAAGUUGUAAUUGAGGGUCUUGUGGCACUUAUGAAAGAAACAACAAAUAAUCCACUGGAGUUCCUGGGGAAAUUCCUACUGAGGAAAUGUGUGGAUGGCACUGUGAAAAAAUCUGAGAUUUUAACCGAGAGCGCAUCUUACAACUCUAACCACAAGGUCGCAAAGAGUUUGUUAGGUGAAGCAGACCGGCGCAGUGGUGCAUUUAUGGAGCUGCUGAACAGCGAGAAAGCUUAUGUGCGUCUGCUACAGGCUAUACACAGCGUGUUCUACAUUCCACUACGAGCAGCUCUGGACUCCAACCGAGCAAUUAUUAGCUCUGCCAAUCUUGUGAUGCUCUUUAAUCCCAUGCUGGACAUCCUGGAAGCCAAUAAAGUUUUUCUGCAGGAUCUUACAGAGAGGUCGGAGGAAUGGAGUCCUCUGCAGUGUGUGGGCGACGUGUUUGUUCGAUUCUGUGCCAAGCUACGGGCUUACACCAAUUUCUUCAACAACUACCACACUGCUAUCAGGACCAUAGAUAAGUGCAAAGAGAUGCUUCCUGUAUUUCGAGCCUUUAUAAAGAGACACAAUAAGACCCUUGCUACUAGGAUGUUAAGUCUCCAGGAGCUGUUUCUAAGUCCUUCCACAAGGGUAGAGGAGUAUGUGAUUUUGCUCCAGACUUUGAUGCUACACACCCCACCUGAACACGCUGAUCACACACACAUGUCGUCUGCCUUAAACACGUUAUGGAAUUAUAGGAACUUUAUCCACAAGUUGAAAAAAAGUUUAAACCAGGAGGAGAAAAUGCUGGAAGUGCAGAAGAUCAUUCAGAGCUGCCCAAAUCUACAAGAGGGAGGCCGAUAUCUGAUCACCGUACAGGAUGUGGCAUUACUGAGUUGCCUUAAUGAAGACAUUGCUCCAUCACUCAGGAUGUACGAGUGUGUUAAGGAGCUGGGACUGUUUCUGUUUAACGACGUCGUGGUGCUGACUGAGAAAAGAGAGACUCAUGUGCCGUUCAGUCUGGCAGUGAACACAUCUCACACAUUCCUGGCCUCUGUAAGCUUGCACAGCCUCAAUGUCUCGGACAUAGCGGACACAAAGUACAUGCAGAAUUCUUUCCUCCUGGAGAGCCCAAAUCGCCAGUGGAUGUGUGCCACAGACAGAGAGGAGGAUAAGAUCAGGUGGCUUUGUGCUUUAAGCAGUGCUAUAAAUGCAGCUAAACACAAUUAAAGCAGCUGUAGAACUAUAAUGCUCAUCUAGGCGAGAACAUCAAGGACAACAUCUUGAGCAAGAACAUCCCCAUCAUGGAAAUAUUCCCAGCCUGAAGCAAAAGCAGUCAGCGGUGCCAACAUUUAUUCUGUGGCUUUCACAGAUAGAGUCUGUUGUGUUCAAGACAUUAAGUGAACGUAGUGUUUUUGUGUUGUUUAAAAUGUUCUUACAUACAAAAAAAAAAAAAGUUGCAGUUGAGAUGAAACAAUUAGAAUAUCGUGGAAAAGUUAAUUUUUUUCCCCCCAUAAUUUAAUUCAAGAAGUGGAACUUUCAUAUAUUCUAGAUUCAAUACACAAAGUGAAAUAUUUCCAGCCUUUUACACGAUAUUAACAUGUCUUGAGCUGCACCUGUAUUUCAACACACAGAGGAUGUAUACUGAUUAUCACUAACCAGUAAGAUUUAUUUACAUAUAGACAGUCGUCCAUAAAUUACAAAAUCACAGUUUGAACCUUUUAACCAUUAAAUGUAAUCAUAAUAAAUAAAUGACAAACAUUAAAGUACAACAAAUUUCAAUUGUUUGACAGCAUUUCUUCAGAGGAACACUUAAAAUGGAAACAAUUAUUACAGUUCAAUAACGUACACACACAAAAAACAUUUUUUAAUGGAAUGCUGUUGAGAAAUCUGUUGUACAGUAGUUGCGAUUGGUCAACGUCAUUUUGUGAAUAUUAAAGUAAACAGUAUAAGGAAAGAAGUACUGUAUACGGUAUACUGAAUACGAUAGAUCUGGGCUACAGAACUGGGAUGAAAAUAACAUUUUGUAGUGAUUGAACCGCCAACCCUGUGAUUAGUGGACAACCCGCUCUACCACCUGAGCCACAGCUGCCCCAAAAGUGUCCAUAAGUAUUCAUCCCUGUCGCUGUGAAACCCUUAAAUUAGUUCUAGUGCAACCAGUUGCCACCAAAAUUUAAAUAACUACGGCAUUCACCUGUGUACAAGUAAAGUAAAGGCACAUAAUCGCAAUAUAAAUUCACCUGUUCCUGGAAGGCCCCAGUGUUUGUUAGAGAACAUACCUAAACAAACAGUAUCAUGAAGUCCAAAUUAACCAUCAAGACAAGGUUCUGGAAAAGUAUAGAUCAGGAUUUUGGUCGAAUACAAAUUACAAACACUGACCAUUAAAGUCCAUUAUUAAAAAUAGAAAUAAUAUGACACUACUAAAUCCAAGGCAGUGUAGUUCAAUAUAAUGAAUCAUUUGUUAUGGUUUGAAGCAUUAAGCCUUUGUGAAAAUGCAUUCAACAAUUUUAUAGCUUGUUGCUACAGUACUCCAUGUUACUCCAGCCUCCUACUAAACUGCAAGUAGGAAGACUGUUGAUUGGAUUUGCACAUUUCUAUGUAUUGCCCUUUGAGAUAGCCUUCUACUACACUGGAUUUCUUUAAAGCUCAACACAACACAACCCUAAUAAUGAAAAUCGGCAGUAUUUUUCCAUCCAGAAUAAUUCAAACAAACAUUUAAUAGCAUUUCACAAUAUAUUGCUUCCUUCAUGUUGGUUAUUUUUAAUGCAUAGUUCUGAAUCUUGCCGUGCAGAAGCCACUAGUAAACAGAGCAGCACAGAACUUUGCCCCUAGCCUUCCAUCCCACCCCCUUUUUAAUUAAAUAAAUUAAAAAAAAAAAAAAAAAAAAA